AUGUUAGUCCUCCUCCUUAGACUCACAAGUGAAAAGAAAGACCACAAAUGGGCGGAGGAUCAACACACAGCGCCGGUGGCGGUGGCGGAGAAAACAAAACGAAUCCUGAAUCAUCAUCAUCUAUGGAUUCAUCAAAAGUUACUUCUGUUGCUAAACAAUUAUCCACACUUAUUAGUACUGGUCACCGUUUCGAUUCUCGCCAGUUUAAUCUCUGUGUUUCCUUGGCUAGAUUCCGUGAUAGUCAAAGGGGUGUCGCGUGUAUCACUUAAUUGUCCAAUAAGCUCCCGACGAAUAUCUGUUCCAGCAAAGGGGCGACUCUGCAAGCACCAGCAGUGCUUUGAUUAUGCAAAUUAUGUUAAGAUCAACUCAAGAAGACCCUCCUGGCGCUGCCCUCAUUGCAGUCAGUCAGUCUGCUACACGGAAAUAUACGUCGAUCAGCAUACGGUUGAAGUAAGCGUAGGAGAGAAUGUUGUGGACGUUAUUAUCUCAGCAGACGGAUCCUGGAAACCUGUCAGGGAAACUGAUGAUCCUGCACAUAAACAAGAUAAAACCCUGGGGAAAGAAGGAGAUGAUCCCAACCAAUGCAUACCUGAAAGAUUAUCAGAAUCUGCCUCAAAUGUUGUGGAAGGAAUUGACAAGAAUAUCGCAAUGGAUACUAGUGAAGCCGAAGAUAUAGAUCCCUUGGAAAACACUGUGCAUUCGAAUGAGUCAAUGGAAUUUGAUAUUACUGAGAUCCAAAAUGAAGAUACAUUUUCUUUAGGAUUUCUCUUCUCCAAUUCUUCUGCCACUAGCAAUACGGUGACACUGAGCACAAGAUUAAAUCCAUGUGCGAUGGAUCCUAUUUUAGAGCCGUCUUGGACCAGUUUUACUCUGAUUCGAAUGCCAGAUGAUGCUGUUAUCUCUACACACAAUCGAGAUCCAUGGGAUGUGUGUGGGACCUCUCAAUCUUCAACUUCUUUAAGCCGGAACCACCCAAUUUCUGAUAAUUUAUCACUGCAGUCAUUAGGCUCAUCAAGAUUUUGGGAUUUGGUAAUGAACGGUGAUACAGGAAGACAGAUACCUAGGAAUAUUACCAGAACCCAGAUAGCUGUUCAGGCACUCCCUGACCAGUCUCUAUUGAUGCAUUCUCGCGAACGAGCACGACCAAGUAUUGCGGACUCUGGUGGUACAACGGAAACCCUGCAGCAACGGUUUUCAAGUUCGAAUAUGGAUGUGAAUUCUGCUUCAGACAUGUCUCCAACUCCACCUGGCUUCCCGCCGAUUACACAGAAAUGGGUUCCCCGGUCUCACUUUCCUGGUCAGCCACCAGUUCAAGAGACUGUUGGUCUUCCUGCACCAAGCCGAUUUCUAGGUUCCUACCAAACUGACGUCAGGAUAUCGUCGAGUCAGACAAGUGAAGACCUCCAAAACCUUCAGCCAUCUCCAGACACAAAAGUCUCCCAAAUGGCGAGCCUACCUAUAAUGGCUAGAGCGCCCCCUCAUUUAUCCCGUAUGCAAGGUCGGAAGGGAGGACCACCCUCGAAUGUGGCUUCCCGAUCAAAAGACAAACAUUCUCUGAUGAUGUCUCAGCAGCCUGCCCAGAGUGAAAGAAUUCUGCCUCUUGUACCAGUUCAGCUUCAGCCUAGAAGAGGAUCAUCUUCCCUGAUGGUUGGUGGUGGGCAUAAAUCUUUAGUUGGAGAACAAAGAGAAGGAAAUGUGGAGGUAAAAAAUUCAGAUUUUACUAGUGUUGAUAAGUCAUCAAAAGUGAACCCAGAUCAAAACUGGCAGCCGUUGGGAAGAAUGCGAGGCAGCUUAUCAGGCCGUGCACAUUCUGGUGCUCUUAGCCAGUACAUAAUUCGACCAACCCAGGUAACAUCUCCAUCCGCCAUCAGAGAUCCACUGGUAAAUCCAUUCUCAACUCUUAGUGGCAGUACUGGUGCGGCUAAAAUACCCUCGCACAUCGGCAACUAUUCUGACACGCAUGCACGUACUUUGGAAAACCAACCCACGCAAGUAGAUGCAGAAGUAUGUGUUGAACCGGAGGUGGGUUGCUGUGAAUCUAAGCAAGAAAAUACUGAUGGUGUUCGAGGUAUUAAAAUGCAGAACCAUCCAACCCAAGUCCAAGGAGAGAAAAAAAUAGAGGAUGAAGCAGCAGAAGCAGGAUUAUGCAGGAUAAUUGGGGAUGAUGACGUGGCUGAACGGAAAAAGAAGAAAAACACAGUUGCUAGGGAAGAGUUAGGAUUGAGUUGCCAGUCAGGCUCAAGUACUGGGCAUCUCAAUAAAACUAAUGACAACUUUGAGCAAGUCAUUUUUAUAGCCAAUCGUGAUGGUUCAAUCAUGUCUAUGGAGAGCAUUAAUCAUGUUCCGAAGGAGGUGGAAAGAAUUCUUGGUAAAAGGACCCUCUCUGCUAUCUUCAAAUCAAAGAAGCUAAACGCGAAGAAUGAUGUUAAGGAAAAGCACCAAUCAGUUAAAGUUGUACGGGAGCGUUUUAUAUGUAGGGCAUGUAAUCAGGAGGGACACAUGAGGACCAACAAGGACUGUCCUAUGUAUGGCAAAGAUUUAGACCCAAAAUUAAAGCCUACCAAAAAUUCUAGCAUGCCUUCACCUACUGUGGUCGAUCAACCGAUGCAAGUAGAUGCAGAAGAAUGUGGAGAAACUGAGAGGGGCAACAAUGAAUCUAAACAAGGCAAAACUGAUGGGGUUGGCAACAAUAAAUUUAAACAAGGCAAAACUGAUGGGAUUGGAAACAAUAAAUCUAGCCCAAGUCCAAGCAGAUGAGGAAGUUGAAAAUGAAACUGCAGAACCAUGCAGGAUGCUCAUGGAUGUUCUUCAGAUGAUGAAGCUGAGCGGAAAAAGAAGAAAAAGACAAUAGCUGAAGGGCAGGCCGAGUCAGGAUCGAGUUGGCAGUCAGGCUCAAGU